CAAACGUACACAUCCAGUUUCCGAUUCAUUAACAGACUAUAUAUAUAUAUAUAUUAUAAAGAGAAUAAGUUUUACACAUAGAAUAUGACAUGCCCUUUGUGGGCCGGGUAAUAUGGUAAUGCCCCGACAGAUUUUCAUACCCUGUCCGCCCCUGGAAUUGUUGUGUGUGUGUGUGUGUGCUUUGGAGUGGCAGACUCGCAAUUCUUCUCCCUUUCCCGCCUACUUCUGAAGUCAUAAAUAUUACUGAAGACUUUUAACUUCCUUUGUAUGUCUAAAUAACUCCAAAGUUGUAUACCGUCAAUAUGUCAUAAGAAUAUACAUUUCUUUCCAACCACAAGCAUGAUUAAGUGUUCCAUUCUCACUUGUUAGCCAAACAGUGCCCAAUAAUGUUAUAAUUCUUUAUUUUUUAUUGUACUUUUGCAUAUAUGUGUGUGACACACACUAGAUCUAAGUGUGAGACAGUCCUAGUUAUUUACAUAUUAAUUUGCAUACGGUCUUAGUGCUAGCCACGCCCAUGCCUAGGGCCGUUACCUAUGUAGUUCUGUGAGUGAAUGUAUAGUGUUUAGCCAAAAAAGAAAAAAAAAAGGAAAACUAUUGACUAUUCAUUUCUACGCCUUUCCACGCCUCCGAUCACCUUUGCCAAUGUUCUAUUUUUUUUUUCGCCUUGUGCUUUCAAUGACCAGUCUGACAGAGAUUUAUGACAGCUCUCAGCUAGUUAGACUCAAGUCGCGGCAUUAAAUAUGGAAUCAAGAAGCAUGUGAAUACCUGCAGUCAAGUGAGCGCAGAGAAAUGAAUGCCAGUGGAGAGGUCAUCGUGAUCCAGAAUAGGACCUGUUCGUUUCUUCAAGAGAGUGGAUCAGCUUAGAGCGAAGUGAACUAGCAAUUGUGAAUUGUGAAUGUCAUUAUAGUCUAGAUAGAGAUCUGAAUCUAAACUAGAUUAGAGAUUAAUGAAUCUAAACUAGAUUAGAGAUUAAUGAAUCUAAUUGGAUGGAGUUCAAACACACACACACACAAGUUUUAGCGACUAAAUUGACAUGAUUUUAUGUCAGUACAUGCAACAAAGAAAUGUUGAAAUAUGGUGUAUUUUUUAAAUGAAUCUGUGGAUUAAAAAAAAACAUUCCAGAGAAAGACGGAAACCAUGGCACAUUGCAUGACAUCCAAGUCGGUUCAUACACGCCCAAAGAAUUAUCUUAUCCUUUUGAGUCUGAUCACUUUUAUCGUGAUAAUCUCCCUUUCUUACAUCCAGAGUGGAGGUUAUUACAUUGAUCAGAUAUUUUUAGCCAUCGAGUCAGAAGAUGAUUACCUUCAGCUCAAUAUGUCCGAAUCGUCUGACUAUGAUUAUUACAAAACUUUAAAUAAUACAAUAAGCUAUAGAUCGGACUAUGGCGACGCAUAUGACAAUACCACAUGCGAUUUCCCUCAAUUCGAUCCAUUUGAUCCCGAUGUGGUCAAGUUUGCCAAACUGGACAUGCCAAAACUAUCGUGUGACGGCGGGCUACCCGAUUUGACAUACCUGAAAGGUAACCUUCUCAUUGUCAACAAAACAAAAGUUCAGGAAAUGUUCCCUGCCUACAACGUAAUCUGUAAGUAUCGGGAAGUUCUCCGCAAGUCAAACAGCGAUACACUAUUUGAAUACAGUGCUGUAAGACAACAAUUCAGUGAUAGCAUAAAGCUUCCUAUAGAUGCUGAGUUCUUGAUGGUGACGUGCGAUAGAACAGGGACCAACAGGUCAACAGAGACUGAAAUGCUGUCCAAAACCUACUACCAGCUAAUCCCUAAGCUGGAUAACCUCCUUCAGAUGGAGGACCUACGAUUGCGGAAAAGGUUGGCCGAGUCAUCCCCCAAGGAAACCCUCAACGUCAUCAUGCUAGGGUUUGACGGCGUAUCACGAUAUCAGUUCAUCAGAGCAAUGAACAAGACGUACAAUCUUCUCGUGAAAGACUUUCAGUCCUUUGAUAUGACAAUGCACAGCCAGGUUGGGAGAAACACAUUUCCCAAUUUUUUAGGCUUAUUCACGGGCAACUCUGAAAAAGAGACGAGUACAUGGUGGAAAAACAAAGAUCGCGCUGAUGAGUUUAAUCUCCUUUGGAAAGAUUAUGAAAAAGCUGGUUAUCGGACUCUGUUCUCUGAAGACUAUCCGCUAAUUGGUGCCUUUAUCAUUCAGUCAAGCGGAUUUUACAACGUACCGACUGCUUAUUACAACAAAGCCCUGACUGUAGCCAUGGAUGCGGAUAAGGAUGUAUGGAAACACGGAAGACAUUGUAUUGGGAACAAACCGGAAGUUCUGUUCCACUAUAAUUAUUUAAAGCUCUUCUUAGACUCGUUUCCUAAUCGGCCACUUUUUUCUCUUCUCUAUUCCACUCGAAUAUCUCAUGACGAAAUUACAAUGCUUCGAAGCGCUGACGACCACGUUUACACAUUUUUAACAGAACUCAAAAGAAUCGGACAUCUCCAAAAUACUUUGCUCAUUACAUUUUCGGACCAUGGCAUUCGCUUCGGACCGCUCCGAUACACAAAACUUGGUGACGUAGAAAAUCGAACGCCUUUUGCUAUCUUUACAUUUCCGCCUUGGUUUUUGAAAAAAUACCCAGAUGUGGCCAGAAAUCUCAAAACCAAUAGAAAUCGUUUGACUACUCAUUACGACACGCAUGCAACUCUUCAAGACCUACUAUACUUCAAAGGAAGAAGAGAUAAACCUUUAUCUAAAUCUAAACAUGGAAUUAGUUUGUUUGAAGAGAUUCCAAGAAACAGGACAUGCACAGAGGCUGCUAUUGAUCAAGAAUUUUGUCUUUGUGGCUACCAGAAUUUCGAAAAAGUAAAUGCCAAUUCAGAACUGUCCUUUUAUCUUGCCAAAGUGGUUGCUAUUUUUCUAAACUCCAAAAUUGACAAAAGAUUAUGCCAUGCACUAAAAAUUAGCAACAUUCUAUCGAUCCAAAGACUUCGGGUAGUUAACAGUAGCACAAAAAUCGCGAGCUCAGUGUUUAGAAUGAAAGUGAAGACAGUUCCAGGCGAGGGAGUCUUUGAGGUCGUGGUAGAUUCGGUGGAAAAAAAACCCGGAAAGACCUGGGACCAGCUGACCAAAGACAACCUUAAAGACGUCAAAGUUUUGGAAGGUGUGGACAGACUCAACAUGUAUCAUGGUCAGUCUGAGUGUGUUGAUGACGCGAAGAUGAAACUAUUUUGUUAUUGUAAGAAUUGAUUAAAACCAUAAAUUCACAUCUAUUAUAGAUGAGAAUGGGUACCUGACGUUAUCUGGGGAAAGGUAAAAGCAGUUGGUCGUUGUGCUGGCCACAUGACAACCUCGUUAACCGUGGGUCACAGAAACAGAUGAACUUUUCAUCAACAACUAUAUAUUUUUAUAGCUAUAAUAUCAAAGUAUAAAAAUUUCUAACAAUGAAACAUUAUUCUAAUUGAAUCAGUAAUAAAAGUCUUUCAUGUUUAGGCUAAGACAUCUUGUCAGAUAGAUUUUUAUUUUUCUAAGAAUGCUUAGGAUAACCCAACUAUAGCAAGCAGAACUUUUGAAACAAAGAUCGGCAAUUCAUCUUUUCACUCGUAUGGGUAGGUUUUAAUCAUAGUCAGAGAGAAAGGCAUGAGACCUUUCUCGAUACCUACAGUUAAGAAACUUCUAUAUUGUGAGAGCUUUAACCCCUCUAGAGCGGCGGCUGAUUACUUUCAGCAUUGGCUCUAAAUACUGGGAGACGCAGUCAGUAGACCUGACGAGCGUACAAGACCCAUGUCAGCCAUAGGCCAGCGCUUUCCCCCAACACACAACAGUAGAGCUCUGAAAUUGUCAAGAGUUCAGAGGCAGGCCAAGAAAAGACACAGGAUCCUGCAAAAUUAGCCCUUUUCGGAAGAAGAGAUUUGAUGUUGCUUGAGUUACAUGAGGACAGCUCGUGGAUGUCGACCCCAAAGAGAUUUGAAGUUGCUACAGUAUCUUGAGGAAAGCAAAGGGCGGUUGACCCUAAGAGAUAAGAAGUUGCUACAUUUAUCAGAGGACAGCAGGUGGAGGUCUGUGGACACUGUCCAUGGAGGACAGAGGUGGAGGUCUGUGGACACUGUCCAUGGAGGACAGAGGUGGAGGUCUGUGGACACUGUCCAUGGAGGACAGCAGGUGGAGGUCUGUGGACACUGUCCAUGGAGGACAGCAGGUGGAGGUCUGUGGAAACUGGCCAAGUAGGACAGCAGGUGGAGGUCUGUGGACACUCUCCAUGGACGACAGCAGGUGGAGGUCUGUGGACACUGUCCAUGGAGGACAGCAGGUGGAGGUCUGUGGACACUGCCCAAGGAGGACAGCAAGUGGAGGUCUGUGAACACUGUCCAUGGACGACAGCAGGUGGAGGUCUGUGGACACUGUCCAUGGAGGACAGCAGGUGGAGGUCUGUGGACACUGCCCAAGGAGGACAGCAGGUGGAGGUCUGUGAACACUGUCCAUGGAGGACAGCAGGUGGAGGUCUGUGGACACUGUCCAAGGAGGACAAACUCUCACGUUUUUAUGCUUUUCAAAACUCGAUUUUUCCCCCUGGAUAUAUCUCCACUUGAUCUUGAAUUGAUAGAUAGCAUAGAUUAAAAAAAAAUCUUUUUAAAAAGAGAAAAUGUGAGCCCCUGAAGUCCUCAAUCAACAAAUUUUAAUGAUGAUGUUGCUAAUGAAACGGCAUCGUUCUCAUUUUCAAGCAUUAAUACUGCUGUAACUCUAGUGGCAAAGAAUAGUGCGACCUAAUGACACACGUGACUCAGGCAAAUCACACAGGUCAACGGAUGUCAAUGGACAAUGGACAGUACUGUUAGUACAAUUAUGCCCCGUGUUAGGGUCAUGCGAUCGAAAGCCUUCCUUGACCAGAGACAGUGUUUAAGAAAGAAGAGUUCAGUCCACGACAGAAAGUCAGUAAGGACGGUUCAGUACAAAGUGAGUCCUCGAGAAUGUAGCUGUACGAGUACAGAAGUAGACCAAGAGACUAAUAGCGUUUAGUUGGCAGUUCUGUUAUGUACAACAAAACAUUUGUAGCAGCUGUAGCCAAUUGUGUAGAUUUGGCUGUUGAUGUAGUUAGUUAUUCAACUACUACACUAUUUUUGGAACUCUUGUUGUCAAGGUUCUUGAGUUAGAUGUGUUGUUAAGCAGUGUUUGUCGAAGGCCUAAUAGAGAAAAUCGUAAAAAUAUAAUAAACCAAAUUCAGCAUUUUAAAAUUAUUGUUAUUAAUUGUUCUUAAUUGUAUGUAUGUUCAAUAUUUUUGUAUUGAUAUAAAUCAUAACAAGCAAUAGGUUUGUAUAAGCUUAAAAGUAUGUCAUUAUUUGGUCAAAAUGUAAAGGAACCGUAAAACUGGACAUAAACUUUUAUAAGAUUUUUGAUUAACUUUUUUGUUUGUUUGUAUUAUUGUUGUUAAUAAAUACACAAAUAAUAGCCUUCAAGAAUAUUCCAACGUAAUGCAGAGACUGGGCCCCAGGCCACUCCUUACAGAUAACCUGGCUAUAGACAGUGGACAAAGAUUAAGACUGACAUAACAAGGUGCAGAAGCUAAUCUUGCACCAAAUGAACAUCUCUUGUUGUCUGCUCUUGCCUUUAACAGCCUUCACCAAACGUUGCGACAUUAAAGUGUCUAAAAUAAUGGAUUGACAAAAGCAAAGAAAACGUUUACCUGUUUUUUUUUUUUUGUAAGAGUACCGUCCACUAGUGUAUACAAUAAGAGCUGUUUAAGUAUUAGAUAGACUCAACAUUUUCAGGCAUCACAAACUUUGUAGGUUAAUAUUUCUACCUGCCCAACAUUCGAUUUUGUCCCCAAGUUAUCCCGACUUCUGUUUAGCUUAGAUAUUGAAACACAAUUAUCUCAGUAUACAAUAUCAAAUAUUCAUACAAUGUAUUUUUACAAAGCUUAUAUGAACUCUGUCUGUCUGUCUGUCAGGCAAAAAUUUUGUACACGUUAUUUCACCGACACCAAAUCUCUCGGAUCAAGCUGAAAUUUUAACCAAUUAUUUCUUUUACCUCACAACAAAAGAAUCAAUAUAAAUAAAAAUUAAAAAAAUAGUUAAUUAACAAUUAAUUAAUAAAUUACUUUUUUAUAUCUAAAACAAGGGAAAGAAAUAGUACUUUCCAUUCGGCUGAGGUCUUAGGCUUUGUAAUCACAAACAUGAAAUAGAAACAAUAGAUAACUAGACAAUCUUCCAUGUUCAUGGGACUCUUUGCUAGCAGAGUGGUUACCGCGUUGGCUUGAGAAACCUGAGAAGGCUUUAGCCCACAAGUUGAAGUUCUGGUCAUUUCUCCCUUUUGUUUGUGUACAUUUUAAAAAAUAAAUUUAACAAAUUUAAUUACAUGACUGAUAUAAACGAAUUGAUACACAUUAAUAUAAGCAUUAUUAUUUUUUAAAACGUAUUUGUUUGUACUAUGCUUGUUAAAUAUGGACUCAAUUUGGUUAAUAGAUAGAUAGAUAGAUAGAUAGAUAGAUAGAUAGAUAGAUAGAUAGAUAGAUAGAUAGAUAGAUAGAUAGAUAGAUAAAUAGACAGACAGACAAACAGGUAGAUAGAUAGAUAGAUAGAUAAAUAGACAGACAGACAAACAGGUAGAUAGAUAGAUAGAUAGAUAGAUAGAUAGAUAGAUAGAUAGAUAGAUAGAUAGAUAGAUAGAUAGAUAGAUAGAUAGAUAGAUAAACUAGUUGGGGAAAACAAGAGACUCUCAUGGACAAAAUAUGACUGCCUUAAAAAUAAAACGAAACAAAGUGUAUAAGGUCAAAACGAAACAAAGUGUAUAAGGUCAAAACGAAACAAAGUGUAUAAGGUCAAAACGAAACAAAGUGUAUAAGGUCAAAACGAAACAAAGUGUAUAAGGUCUCAAGUAAAUUCUUCAUAUCCACUACAUUUCAAAUUCGUUACUCUGUAUCCUGUACAGUUUACAUUGGUUGAUCAAAUGUCUUCAUUUGCAAUCCAAA